AUGGCGCUCAUGCCAACUUCCAUCACCCUCUUCCUCGUCCAGAUCGGCACCUUCUUCGCCAACAUAAUCGUCGCCAUCUGCGUCGGCCUGUACGUAUCCUCCUACCCAAAGUCCCCCGACGCUCAACCGCUCUCACCCGUCGCUCUCGGCACCCUGGCCUUUGCCUGCCUCUCCUCCCUCAUGACGCUCCUCCUCAUUCUCCGCCAAAAGUCCGGAAAGACUAUGCGUGCCAUCUUUGAAUCCACCUGGAUCUUCUUGGCCAUUGCCCUCUGGAUCCUUGCUGCUGUCGGAGGAAUCAUCCGGCCACCCAACGGAAUGUCUAACGUAUCUUGCAAGGUCUUGCCCGACGGGAAGGAUACCUCGGACGCCAACUAUAUCCGAGCGUGUCAGGCUAUGUUUGCCUCAACGGCGUUCUGUAUUGUCUCAGCUCUGUUCUUUAUUGCGACCGCCAUCAUGCUCUCGGUCUUUUCGGUCAAGUCAACCUGGAGGAACAGGAAGAACCGCAAGAACCAGGUCGGCGGACAUUAUAAACUGACGACUACCCUGUCUCAGUACCGCCGGGCCGAGAAGGAGGAUGAAGAAGCCAAGCGACUCAAAGGAGCAGGAGAACACGAGGAAGCACCAGCAGCAGGAACAGAGUCAAUCUCGACAGCGAACGACAGUGCAGCAACGACAACUAUCGACUUGAGCGAUGGGCAAUUUUCCGACAGGGUCUACAGGGACCCUUACACCUCUGCCAUGCCCACUGCUCUCCCUACAGCCGUGUCUUCGCCCGCACCCUAUUAUUCACCCUAUGGUGCAGGUGCAGGUACGACCAGCAACAACAGCCCAGCCCGCCCAAGCGGCAACACCAAUGCUCACCUGGCCUUCUUGAAGGGAGAGCAGUUCAAAGUUCACAACCAACCGCGUGAAGAGAACGAGCGUGAGCAAUUGGAACAGCAACAACAACAGCAACACCAAUACCAACAACAACAGCAGCAGCAACAGCAGCAGUCGUGGAGUCAACAACAGCCAACCUUUGGAGGUUACUAA